GGCGCGGCGCAGGGCGCGGCGUCUGCUGCAGAGGGCGCUGUUCUUGAGGGCGCGGAGGGGCUGGCACACGCAGCAGAAACGCUUAAGGGUGCUAUAUCCCACCUAAGCGACCAGAUGACGUCAUGGGCCCAGCACCACGCGCCCGCCCCGCACCUCCGCGGCGGCCGCGACGAGCCCGGGACUGAGGGCGCCCCCGGCGGCUGGGCCGGCUACGAGGAAGCCGCCGAGAAGCUGGCGGCCGCCGAGAAGCUGAUUGAGGAUGUGAGGGGGGCGCUGGCCACGUCCGGGGGGCCGGCGGGGCGGCGGGGCCAUGCGGACGGGGGCCUGCCGCUGCAUGUGCUGCUGCCUGUCUGA